AUGGAAGCAAAUUGGUGGGUAAAGAAGACCCACCGUGUAACACCGGUGAUGGUAAACAACAAGAAUUGGUCAAUGGUGGAACUCAAUCUCCCAACAUCAGACCAAAAAGAUUUCCUAAACGACACCGUUUCAUCUCAUCAUACCCAUAACAAAAAUGCCAAACAACUUACCUGGGUUCUACUCUUAAAAGCCCAUCGUGCCGCCGGCUGUAUUACUUCCAUUGCCGCCAACACUUUCUCCCUCUCUUACGCUGUCCGCCGACGUGUCAAAGCCGCCCGUACGGAGGAAACCAUACAUACCCCACCUUGGUUUUACACGUUUAUAAAGUUAUCCCUUUGGUUAUCUGUUUGUUUGUUGGUAUUCGAGAUUGUGGCUUAUUUUAAAGGAUGGCAGUUUAGGAGUCAUGAUUUGCAUUUACAAUAUUUGUAUACAUUGUCAUAUACUUUUAAGCUUAGGGGUUUUUUUGAUUGGAUUUACUCGAAAUGGGUUUUGAUUCGGGUUGAGUAUCUUGCCCCUCCAUUACAGGUUUUGGCAAAUGUGUGUGUUGCUUUGUUUUUGAUUCAGAGUUUGGAUAGGUUUGUGCUUUGUUUGGGUUGUUUCUGGAUCCGUGUUAUGAAGAUUAGGCUGGUUGCGAAAAGAAAAGAGGUUGAUGUUGAAUGUGGUGAUUGUGAUGGGUUUUUUCCUAUGGUUCUUGUUCAGAUUCCAAUGUGUAAUGAAAAAGAGGUUUAUCAGCAAUCAAUCGAGGCGGUGUGUAAUUUAAAAUGGCCAAAAUCCAAGAUUUUGAUACAAGUUUUGGAUGACUCAGAUGAUCCAACAGUCCAAUGGUUGAUCAAAGAGGAGGUUCAUAGAUGGAAACAAGAAGGUGUUAAUAUCCUUUAUAGACACAGAGUGAUUAGAGAUGGAUAUAAAGCGGGUAAUCUUAAAUCUGCUAUGAGUUGUAGUUAUGUUAAAGAUUACGAAUUUGUUGCCAUUUUCGAUGCUGAUUUCCAACCAUCCCCUGAUUUCCUCAGACAAACAGUUAUUCAUUUUAAGGAUAAUGAGGAAUUAGGAUUGGUACAAGCACGUUGGUCAUUUGUGAACAAGGAUGAGAAUUUGCUCACGAGGUUACAAUACAUUAAUCUAGCGUUCCAUUUUGAAGUUGAACAGCAAGUGAAUGGUGUUUUCUUGAACUUUUUUGGGUUCAAUGGGACAGCAGGAGUUUGGAGAAUUAAGGCGUUGGAGGAUUCCGGAGGGUGGUUGGAGAGAACCACCGUUGAGGAUAUGGACAUUGCUGUUAGAGCCCAUCUUCAUGGAUGGAAAAUGAUAUUUCUCAAUGAUGUAGAGUGCCAAUGUGAAUUGCCUGAAUCAUACGAAGCUUACAGAAAGCAACAACACAGAUGGCAUUCAGGACCAAUGCAAUUGUUUAGACUUUGCUUGCCCAAUAUUAUCCAAUCAAAGAUUAGCAUGUGGAAGAAAGGAAACAUCAUAUUCCUCUUCUUUCUACUGCGAAAACUAAUCCUGCCGUUUUACUCCUUCACUCUUUUCUGCGUAGUUCUCCCAAUGACGAUGUUCAUACCAGAAGCCACCCUCCCCUUAUUGAUCAUUUGUUACAUCCCCUUGAUAAUGUCCAUUCUUAACAUCCUCCCAGCACCCGGAUCUUUCCCUUUUCUCGUCCCUUAUCUACUCUUUGAAAACACAUUGUCAGUAACAAAAUUCAAUGCCAUGAUCUCGGGCCUUUUCCAACUUGGAAGUGCAUAUGAAUGGGUUGUCACCAAGAAAUCUGGUCGGUCAUCAGAGGGUGAUCUCAUUUCAUUGAUUGAAAAAGGCCGAAAACCAAACCAUAGAGGCAUUUCAGAGCCUGAUUUCGACGAGUUUCAAAAGAAGAUGAAAGAAGAAGAGAUGAAAACUUAUAGAAAAAAGAAACAUAAUAGACUUUAUACAAAGGAGUUGAUGUUGUCUUUUCUCCUCUUGACAGCCGCUGCUCGGAGUCUUUUAUCGGCUCAAGGUAUCCAUUUUUAUUUCUUGCUUUUCCAAGGGAUUGCAUUCUUUCUAGUCGGACUCGAUUUAAUUGGUAAACAAGUAGAGUAAAUACACCAUAUAUUUUUUAAAAAAUUUCAAAUUGGAGAUAGAUUGUAAUCAAGUUAGUAUUAAUUUUACAAGUGU